AUGAAGCCGAUACGCUACUUGCCUAAAAACACGUUAAGGUCUCUUACGCCACGUCCAUGCUAUCUUUCAGGUUUUCAACGUACCAAUCCGCGACAAUGGCGAUCCAUCCGAACGCAAUCACGAACACCACAACUCGAGGAUCUCAAUGUCAAUCGUAUGCGUGCGAACGCUGCUGCCCAUAAUGCGAAACGGCAGUUUUUCCUGCUCUGUGGUGCGAUAUCCGGUACUAUUAUAACCGGAUACUUCUCAUACCUGUUUUAUAAGGAGCUUCGCACGCCAAAGAAGCUUGACAGCGGACUGCCUGAUAAACUGGAUCCCUUUAGUACCGAAGCUGGCUCGAAGCGCAAGACGGUCAUUCAUAGCGGGGACGGCACGGAACUCGUUCCGACGGGGAAUAGUACCAUUCCUACAUUUCCAAGGGUACUUGAUCUUACUCUUGGGGCUGAAGAAGGGCGAGAGAAGAUCAAUGGGGUGGAAUACACUUUGGUCGGGCUAGGUGUGAGAACGGUGAGCUUCAUAAGCAUCCAAGUGUAUAUGGUAGGGUAUUAUAUCGCGACACAAGACAUCGCUGCGAUACAGUCACGUCUAACCAAGGCGAUAAAUCCUAUCGCGACAACACUAGUACCGAACGAAAAGGAUGAGUUGCGCAAAAUAUUACUAGACCCGGAACGAGGGGAAAAGCUAUGGACCGAGAUUCUUCAAGAGGUGAAGCCGCGCUCGUUGUUCAGAAUCGUGCCUACGAGGGAUACGGACUUCCAUCACCUGAGGGAUGGAUUCGUACGCGCAAUAACGGCGAGGUCACAAGGAAACAACAGCGACUACGGCGAUGAAGCAUUCGGAGAAGCAAUGAAGCAGUUCCGAAGCUUAUUCAACCGCGGAAAGGUGCCGAAGAAACGGGAAAUGCUCCUAGUUCGAGAUGCAGCCGGGCAAUUGACUAUCACAUUUGACGAUGGAAAGACUGGAAUAAUCGCCCUCGGAAGUGUGGCCGAAGAACGAUUGUCUCGAUUACUGUGGCUCAACUACCUAGCCGGCAGCAAGGUUGCGUCCGAACCUGCAAGAAAGAACAUAGUCGAAGGUAUCAUGGAGUUUGUGGAGAGACCGGUGGGUACGGUCGCUACACAGGUAGUAUGA